CGCCCGCCUGCAGGGGUUCCGGGACCGGCCACCAUGUGCGGGCGCACGUCCUGCCACCUGCCCCGGGACGUCCUCGCGCGCGCCUGCGCCUACCGCGACCGGCAGGGCCGGCGGCAGCUGCCCGAGUGGCGGGACCCCGACAAGUACGCGCCCUCCUACAACAAGAGCCCCCAGUCCCACAGCCCCGUGCUGCUGUCGCGACUGCACCUGGACAAGGGUGCAGACUCAUCGGAGCGUGUUAUCGCCCCCAUGCGGUGGGGUUUGGUUCCAUCGUGGUUUAAAGAAGAUGAUCCUUCCAAGUUGCAGUUCAACAUGACCAACUGUCGCAGUGAUACCAUAAUGGAGAAGAAGUCAUUCAAGGUGCCUUUGGGAAAGGGAAGGCGCUGUGUGGUGUUAGCAGACGGGUUCUACGAGUGGCAGCGAAGUCAGCUGUCGAGCCAGAGGCAGCCCUAUUUCAUCUACUUCCCCCAGGCCAAGACAGAAAAGUCAGGCCAUGUUGAUGCUGCAGAACAGCGUGAAGACUGGGAGAAAGUGUGGGACAGCUGGCGCCCCCUGACCAUGGCUGGCAUCUUUGAGUGCUGGGAGCCCCCUCAGGGAGGAGACUGCCUGUAUUCCUACACCAUCAUCACUGUGGAUGCCUGCAAAGGCUUGAGUGACAUCCACCCCAGGAUGCCUGCCAUCCUAGACGGUGAUGAGGCCGUUUCCAAGUGGCUUGACUUCGGGGAGGUCUCGACUCAGGAAGCCCUGAAGUUGAUCCACCCCACAGAGAACAUCACCUUCCACCCCGUCUCCUCCGUGGUGAACAACUCGCGAAACAACACCCCCGAGUGUGUGACUCCUGUUCACUUAGUAUUGACAAAGGAGCCUAAAGCAAGUGGCAGUAGCCAGAAGAUGUUACAGUGGCUGACCACAAAAUCACCCAAAAAGGAAGACCCCCAGACACCGCAAAAGGCAGAGUCAGAUGUGCCCCAGUGGUCCAGCCAGUUCUUGCAGAAGAGCCCACUCCCUGCUAAGAGAGGGGGCGCAGGACUCUUGGAGCGAUGGCUGAAGCAGGAGGAGCCCCUAGCCAAGCGGCCUCACAGCCAGUAGGGUGAGCCUUGCGGACACCACGGCUGCCCCAGGGAGACCAAGACCAUCGUGUUCUGCAUUAAACAUGGUGGCCAUGGCCUCAGAUCGUAUGGCGGGUAAGACAAGCAACUGACCCAGGUUCGAUCCCUGACAC